AUGCUACAGUACUGGGAUUACGAGGAAUUCGUCAUCCACUCGUUUCAAGACAGUUUGAUGGGGUCAGCUCUCGAUUGGUUCAUGUCGCUAAAGGCCGAAGACAUUCCAACAUGGGCAGACCUUUCCCGGAAAUUCAUCGACCAAUACCAGUACUGUGCGGAAACGCCUCCGGCUCUCUUGGAAUUGAGCAUGAAAGAGAUGGCGCAAGGCCAAAGGUUUGAGGAGUACGCUACCAAGUGGCGUGCCCAAGCAGCAAAGCACAUCCCCCCAAUCGGCGAAGUACAACAGAUCCAGUUGUUCCAUUCCACCCUGAGAGGAGUGUACUAUUCGCACUUGUUGGCUCACACCUCUUCAUUCUCCGAUCUCAUCGAGGCCGGGAAAAAGCUUGACUUGGGGAUUAAGCUUGGCAGGAUGGAAGGCCCCACCAGUAAAGGAGAAGAACCCUCGAAGAAGGCCUCUACAAUGACGACAUCUUCCAGCGGAAGAAGGGGAAAGGAGGUUACAGUUAAUGCUGUUAAUCCAGCACAUCCGACGCCCCAACAAUAUUCGGUAAAUUUCACGCCUGCACCCCCCGUGGUCCCCACCUACGCUCCGCAUGCGCUUCAAUAUCGACCUCAAUCACCUACCCAAUCGAUCUACUACUCUGUACCGCCGCCCCCACUCCCACCUACGGUACCAUGGCACGUUGUCCACCACUGCACCCCUACUCCACUCCAAGCCCCUCAAUACCAACCGCCGACUUCGAGAGCUUCUCAGCCAACGCAACGGGUCCCACCCCCGCAAGGUCAACAGGGCGGUGCAGCACAACCGCGACCACGCAGACAAUACCCAUCCUUGCCGGUUCUACUUUCCCACAUUUACCAACAACUCCGCGCGAGCGACAAGAUCGGGACAAUAGCGCCGAGCCCGAACUUCGACCCAACCACCCAAGAUCAAAGCAAGCAGUGCGAGUACCAUCGGGGGGCACCGGGGCAUACCCUAGAUACUUGUUGGAGGUUACGAGAGAGGAUCCAGGAGAUGAUUGAUGCAAAGGAGCUCUCGUUCAACGCUGUAAGACCCCCGAAUGUGCAAGCCAAUCCCCUGCCCAAUCACGGGCAAACCCAAGGGCCCUCUAUCAAUAUGAUCAACAUUUGCGUUCUAGGAGAGGACGAGAGUGGAUCAGACAAUCCUUCCCCUUUCAUAAUCGAGUAUGUACCGGCGGAAUCCACAGUCGGGUCCACAAGGCUUGAUACUUCACCCACCUCGUUUGUCAUAGACGUCCCUGCUAAGGACCCCUAUUUGAACAACCAGGUCCCCUGGACUUAUGAAAGAGGUAUCAACAACAUCGAGCAACAGUUCAGUGUCAUGGGCAUGACACGCUCAAGGCGAGUGUAUGAAAAUCCGGUGGUCUCGGACAAAGGAAAGGCACCCGUCGUUGAAACUGGGACAGCACCCGAAGUCGCGUCCUUUCUGCCCAAGAAGGUAACUGACGAAGAAGCCGAAGCAUUCAUGAAGAUCAUAAAGGUGAGGGAGUACAAGGUAGUCGAACAGAUGGCCAAGUCCCCGGCCCACGUCUCACUACUCGCUCUCCUCCUCAGUUCGGAAUUGCACCGGGAAGCCCUCCUACGGGUGUUAACAGCUGCGUAA